GUCCCAUUAGAGUUACAGGACUUCCUGCUUUUACAAGGAAAAAAGCACCUCCACACACAGGAGACGGCUGACUCCAGAGCUGCCCCUUCGCUAUAAUACACAACUUCCAAGUCAAGGGUGGAACAACUUCCAUGCAGGAUGUCCGCCAUGGAUCAUGUGCAAGUGCGGCCAGUGACAGCAGUAGCAUGGACUUCCAACUCCACCACAUGCCCCAAAGACUUCACCUUGAUUAAUAUCACUGAAGAUGGAGCAAAUGCAAACUUUACGCGCAGCUUUGGAAUGAAAUCUGGAUAUUACAUCUGUUACAGUAAGGCCACGUCAGAAGGUAUGGUCGUGUCAGACAUUCAGCUCAUCUCGGACAAGGAUGCCAUUCCUCAUGGCUACACUUUCAUAGCAGAGCACCUGGAACCAAAGGCCACCGUUUCAAAGAAGAAGCGCGUAUGUGUGCGAGUUGUCCCAGAGGGUAGUGUGGACACAGCCGUGCUGGACAUCAAACUGACGGCCAAAAGCAAGAUGAUGUUACAGCACUACACAUAUGUUGGAGACGUCCAUGGCUUCGUAUUGUGGUGUAGGAAGGGUCAUUUUACCAGCGCCGCACCCAAAGCCAAGCCCCGCCGCAAAAGUCUGGAUGUGCGCAGACUCUCACUCGAUGGUCCGUCUGCUCCUCAGCCUCUAAAACCAAGCAACCAUCUUCAAGGGCCACAUGGCAAAAUCAGCACCAGGCGCCACUCCCUCCGUGACACAGACACUGUGGACAAACUAGCUGACAGCAGCAUCCAAGCCAUCACAGCUCUCGAGGGAGUUCCCUUCAGCCUUCACCCAAAGUUCGAUACCCAGCCAAAAAAUACGACUCCUCAGCUCACCUCACAACUCAACAACAUUCGCAUAAAGUCUCUCCAGGACAUAGAAAACGAGUAUAGCUACACAUUUGCAGUGGAGGAAUAUGCUGCUAAAAAGACCACACCCUCAUCAGGUCAGUGAUCUUCGCACAACUUCAGCUGGUACAAAUGAAGGACCAUCGCAUCUGUGUGAAGUUCCUAAAGGAAAUACGUAAUUUUAUAGACCAUCUUUUUAAAAGGUUUUAUUAAUGAUAGCAUCUUGAAACAUUCCAGUUUGCUAUUGCAGUUGAAGGAAUAUGAGGAUUAAUGACUCAAUGAAUAUCUGCUGUUUAGGGCAAAUCAUCUGCUGCCAUCACGUUUGCACUCAUGUGCUUCAUUCUUUACCUAACUAAAAAGAAACGAUGUCAUGUAGUCUAUGAAGAUGCACUUUUCACUGUUGGUCUGGAGUGCUAAUAUGUCAGACCACAGCAACAAUCAUAAACCUGCAUAUGCAUCCCUGAAUGUAUUGUUUCUUAUAACACAGCUUAUUCAGCUUUAGUCUCUGUGACUGUAGGAAAGACUUGUACAGAAGUGCGGGCCAGUGCUAAAAUGAUAUGUAUAUAUCAUAAAUAAGGAUUUUUUUAUAAGGAUGUUUUUGUUAUUUCUUUCUGGUGGCAUUGGGCUCAAAGAUUUAUGUAUAAAUGCCCUAUAAAUCAGACAUAUACUGAAUUGGAAAAUAAAAUCAACAAAAUUA